GAUGAGGCUGGGAGCAGGCAGUGCAUCACCCUCACGCUGGGUCCAAGCCUUCAUCUGCCUCCUCUUCCUCAGCCUGUCCAGCCGGGGCCUGGCUGCUCCCAGCCCACGUGCAAGGGAGCCCCUCCGCGUUUGGGGUUGCAGACGAGAUGCAUGGACGAGAGGGGGGACGGGGCUGGUUUUCCCGUCGAGGCCCAGGCUGGUGGCUCUCCCCAGAUGGGCCGUUUUCCUCAGUUAUACAAGCUAUAAAUACAAGCCAAUCCCCAGACACCCCCUCCACCCACAGCAAUAAGUCAGCAGGAUUAAGCCAUUUGGUGCUGAUAAGAGUGCCACAGUGGGAGGGGUGCUGGCUGGCUCAGACGGGGACAUCUGCUUGGUGGCUGGCAGGAGUGGCAACGGUCUGUGCCCUGCUGCGAGUCAGCACCCUCACGUGGGACCUGCUGGCGCGGGAUUUGCAUCCGUGCAGGCAGCAGCACCCUUGGCUGGCUGUGGCAGAGGUCAUUUCUGACUUCGACAUGACGCUGAGCAGGUUCGGAUGCAACGGCAGACGCUGCCCCACUUCGCACAAUAUCCUGGAUAACAGUCGUGUCAUCAGUGAGGACGGCAAGAAGAAGCUGAGAGAUCUGCUGCACUAUUACUAUCCCAUUGAAAUCGAUCCCAACCGGACGCUGGAAGAGAAACGUCCGCUCAUGGUGGAAUGGUGGACCAGGGCCCAUGAGCUGCUGUCGCAGCAGAAGAUCCAAAAGGGUGACAUAGCCCAGAUCGUCAGAGAAUCGGACGUGAUGCUGAGGGAUGGAUUCAAUGAAUUAUUUGAUCAGCUGCACAAGUACAACAUCCCCCUGUUCAUCUUCUCGGCUGGCGUUGGUGACAUCCUUGAAGAGAUUAUCCGUCAGGCCAACGUCUUCUACUCAAACGUCAACGUGGUGUCCAACUACAUGGACUUUGAUGAUAACGGAGUCCUCACGCGUUUCAAGGGACCUCUCAUCCACACCUACAACAAGAACAACAGUGUCCUGCAGGGUACGGAGUAUUUCCAGCAGCUGAGCACUAGGACGAGCAUCAUCUUGCUGGGGGACUCCAUGGGGGAUCUGACAAUGGCAGAUGGCGUUCCCAGUGUGGAGAACAUCCUCAAAAUUGGCUUUCUCAAUGACAAGGUGGAAGAGCGGAGAGGGAAGUACCUGGAUGCCUACGACAUCGUGCUGGAGAGCGACGAGACCCUGGAUGUGGUCAAUGGGAUUCUCCGGUACAUCCUUACCGAGACGUGAGCUGGGAAGGCAGCAUCCCAGCUCCGGCCCCUCCGCAAGGCGCCUGGGCAGUGAAUGUCCUUCCCUGGACAAAGCUGGACUAGAUCUGGUACCUGCUGCGCUCCAUCCUGACGCUGGGCAGGCUCCCUGCCCUGGCUGCUGUGUGUUGCGCACAUCCUGCCCUCACGCACCCUCUUCGGUCCACGCUGGAGCAGGAGGGAUGAGGUGGAGGAAACUGCUUCACUCCCUUUACCCCAGCUGUGCCCAUCCCACCGGGGCUCCAUCCCACCCGGGCUCCAUCCCACCCGGACUUUCUCCCUGCCACUGCCCAGGGCCACAACAAACCGUUCCAUGUUUCAGGUACGGAAACGGAGACCGUUUGCUGUGGUUUGAGGACAGAACCUGUUUUAGAUGAAAGCUGUUUAGUUCUAUUGUGUUUCUGUCUAAGAAAACAAGACGAACUCUCAUCCUGCUUUCUGUGGGCUUCAAAGCGCCCGGGCUGCGCUCCAGUGGUGCUGGCACAGCACCCAGCACCACGCACCCCACGCAAACCCUGCGGUGCCCUGGCCCCCGUGCCCUGCUAUCCCUCUUGCUCCAUUACAGUUCUUGCUGGGAAAAAAAAACCAGCCAACAAGGCUUUUCCAGUCAUCCCCGGAGUGCUGUGGAGCUCAUCUGAUGCUGCUGCACGAAGCAAGGAUUAAGUUCAUCUGUGGAGGGUUUUGGGGGGGGGGGGCGGGUCCAGCAGCAGGCUGGGUGCUCCCAGCAGCGCGUUUGCAGCCCACUGGUAUGGACGGGGAGGAGAGGCUGAUGGCAGCAUUCUGUUUUUUUAAGGAAUAUUUUAGCUAACUGUGUGUGUGUCAUAAACUUCUGGGCUGAUCCUGGGCUCUCAGAGCAGCGGUAGGAAAAAAACCUCUUAUUUCUGUGUAACCUCUGGUAACGUAAAGGGUAAAGCUGUGACAGCCCAGAUUCAGCACGGGGCAAAUUCUGACCUUGACGUGAGAAACUGCUUUUAUGUCCCGUCCCGCCGCCUGUGCUGGUGGCAGCAGGAGCCUGUGCUGGUGCAGGAUGAGCCCCAACACCAGCUCUUUGGGGACCAGUACACAGCCCAGGGUGGCAGCCCCUGCCCUGCUGCCCAGGGGCUGUGCUCCACCUGACUGAUGAAUAAAUGUGACUUCUGAACGCG